UGUGUGCCAGAUAUGAAGCGUAUACGCGGCGUAUUUGGCACCGAUUUGACGACAGUGGUGCAGCUAUACCAAAGCAGUAUACCAUUUGUGGUGCGGCGGUGUGUGGAAGAGGUCGAGGCGCGUGGCAUGCUGCAGGAAGGUAUUUAUCGUGUCUCCGGAUUUGCCGAUGAAAUAGAUGCACUCAAGUUGGCUCUAGAUCGCGAUGGUGAGAAAACUGAUAUGUCGGAGGCGGCCUAUGGCAAUGUGAAUGUAAUAGCAGGCACGUUGAAGCUCUAUUUACGACUGCUGCCCGUGCCGCUUAUCACAUUCCAAGCGUAUCCGAGCUUUAUGCAAGCAGCAAGGAGCCCGAACACUGUCGAGCAGAUAAGAAAUAUGAAUGAAGCGGCCAAGCGCUUGCCGCCAGCUCAUUAUAGUUGCCUGAAAUUCACGGCAGAGCAUUUAAAGAGAGUUGCUUCUCAUUACGCGGCCAACAAAAUGAAUGAACACAACUUGGCCACGGUAUUUGCGCCCACAUUAAUUGCUACUCCACAGCAUAUGACAAAUUUAACGGAAGAGAUUUUCAUGCUAUCUACGCUAAUUGCAAACUGUGCAGAUAUUUUCAUUUAGUCACCGAGUUCUAUACACAGAAAAACCUAUGUAGGUCUAAUAUUAAGGGGAGGCGAAUUGAGGGAAAGUGCAACCAGUGGCUCAAAGCAGGCAAAAGCUCAGAUUUUAGACAAAAAUUAGAAAUUGAAAUAUUCCCUCGGAUAAUUUACUAAUUCGUUUUAAGCAGCAUACACGAGUGUAUGCCGUAAACACGAAUUUAUGAUGAGAAAUUAAGAAAUUAGUUGUCGAAUAUUUAAAACAAAUUUUACACAUUCUAAAAUUUCAUACAACUUUUUUUUUAUCUAAAACCAAAGUAUUUU